AUGGGUUUCAAACUAUUAACUUCGACGCCAUAUUAUGCUCAGGCUAAUGGACAAGUCGAAGUUGCUAAUAAAGUGAUUAUUGGUUUGAUUAAGAAGCAUGUGGGAAAGAAGCCUAGAAAUUGGCACAAAACUUUAGAUCAUAUUUUGUGGGCAUGUCGUACCUCCCCUAAAGAAGUCACUAAUGCGACCCCUUUUCGGCUGACCUUUGGUCAUGGUGUUGUUCUACCAGUAGAGAUUCACCUACAAUCCACAAGAAUUCAAAGGCAUCAUGAAAUUCCAGCAGAGUUCUGUUGGAGCAUGAUGCUGGAUGAAUUGGUUGAUAUAUAUGAAGAAAGGUUAAAUGCCUUGGAGUUAUUAAAACGGCAGAAGAAAAGAGCAGAGAACUCUUAUAACAAGAAGGUGGAAAUCAAAAGUUUUUCGCCUAAAGAUUUGGCCUGGAAAGUGAUCCUUCCAAUGGAUCGAAAAGAUAGGACCUGA